UUCUUUCCAAUCCCGGAAGUCGGCAGGAGCCCGGAGUGGAUGCCUGGACGGGGCGGGGAGAGGCGUGAGCUGCGCGGGAAGCCAGGAAGGGAAGCUGCUGAUGGCCGGGGAGGCUGAGUCUCCGGUGCGGCUGGCGUUAGCCUCACUGCAGGCGGCGUCACAAGACCGGCUGCAUCUCCUGCCCUGCGCCGUGCAGCACGACGGCGCCGCUCCGGUCCAGCGCUACUUCUCGCCGGCCAUCCGUGGUCCGCAGGAGCCGGGAGCCGAGUCAACAGUAUCUUUCCGUGGCCGGAUGCUAAAGGGGAAACAGGUCCUUGUCCCUAACGGGUAUGUGGGACUGGUGCUAGAGGAAGGGGUGGCUCCUUACUUGUCAUCAAAGGACCGGAAUGUGCAGAUAAAGUCUACCUUUGAGUCAAUGACUGUGUGGAACCUGGAACAGGCACCCAAUGAGAGUGAUGAGAUCCUCAUGGCCUUCAGCUGGCCCAAAAUUGCAGCAGGUAUCCAUGCUCCCGUGCCUGAUGAAGAAUAAGGUAGACAGCCAGCUGCAAAUAUAAUGCUGAAGGAGAUAUACAGCACUUUGGGUUUGGGUCCGAUUGCUGGAGAUAGAGGAACCCCGCAGAACCUGGAUGAGACAGCUGCUCAGCGGUCACCAGUCCAACUUGACCAGAUGCUUUUUUUCCUGCUUAUUCCAACCCACACUGUGGAAUUUUAUAUACAUGCUGGCUGAACUGUGAUGCAGAAUUUGGCUUUCUUCCUCUGUCGGUCACCCUGGUAGCUUUAAAGCUUUUCUGCUUUGGAGGUAAGAGGGAUUCUGACUAAGAAAACAGUUUGGUUUGUACUACAAUUGUUAGAAUGGCUUCCUGUUUCCAAACAUACACUUCCCAAAGGCAGCUACGACAAACGUACCUUGUAUUAAAAGCAUAAGACUUGUGUUUAA